GUACACCCAGCCUUACUUGACGUCUGGGUAUCAUUCCAGUAUGGCGGAUGUAAAACCAGCGAGAUUGUGUUGAUGAGGUGAAUUUUGUAAGAUAUUGCAACUUGUGUGUUGAACCACAAUGGCCGGAGAUGAUGACCUAUCUGAGCUUACUUCAGAGAGAGAGUGUAUUGAUGAAGAGGUUCUUAAUGUGAUAGCAGUAGCUAAUGCUUUGGGUUCAAUAACACUAGAUAUCAGCAGGAGAGGUCUGACCCAUAUCCCUCAUCAAGUGUUUCUUCUGCAGCAUGUAGAGUAUGUUUAUUUGGAGGGUAAUGACAUAAGUCAUGUUCCAAGUGAGUUGUUUGAAAUGCUGGUUAAUCUGAAGUGGCUUGAUUUGAGAAACAAUCGGUUAAAGGAGGUGCCAACAUCCAUCAAGGAGCAUGGAUGUUUGAAGACUCUACUUCUUGAAGGUAAUCAACUGAAAGAGUUGCCAUGUGAACUAGGUUUUGUGAAAACACUGACAGGAUUGAAUCUACAGAGAAAUCCACUUGAGUUUCCUCCUCCUAAAGUACUGGAAAGAGGAGUGAAGGAGAUCUUGAGAUACCUGAGAGAUGCUAGUGGUGUAAGAGAUAGACGUCUUAUGUCUGCAGAUAUACAGCUUGAAGACCUUCAUUUGAGUGACUCAGUCCGCAAUUCUUCCGAGAGUGAUGGAGAUUGCCAUGGUAGUGAAGGUAAUGAGGAGCAGAUGAUGAGACAAAGCAGGAAGCUGCAGUCAGGUAGUCAUCAUUCUAUACACUCAGUGGGGAGUACAGAGGAUCUAGAAUUCCCAAGACCAACAUCUGUCUCAUUACAUCGGCACAUGUCAUAUGAAGAGUAUCGCCAACUUCAGUAUGAGAAAUUCAAACGAGCCGGUGCACUAGGUGUGCUUGGGAGAGACAAGCGUAAGAAGAAGAGGCGAAAGCGAGUGCGGACUCCCCCAUUACUUGACCCUCUUGAAUCUCGCAUGGCAGAAGAAAAACGACUGGCUAAACUCAGAGAGCUUCAGCAGAAACAAAUGCUCAUUGAACAAAGAAGAAAAGAUCAACAAUUGUUAGAUGAUUGGCGCACUGAAACUAAAGAAAUGCAGCGGAAACAUUACAUCAAAGCGAUCAAAAAUGCACAGCAAGAUUUCACUGAUCCCAGCUUGAAGACACCUUAUGAUACAGAUCCAAACUACAUGAAAGUCUUAUCAAAGGAAGACAGAAUCAAGCAAGAAAUAAAGAGUAAACACGAAGCAAUGAAGCAGAAGAUGGAUCCUGACACUAGUAAGAAAAUGGAGCAGGCUCGGGCGGAUAGGGAUCGUCAAUUAAUGGAGAGAAUUAAACGACACACCCUCAAGGUACAGGAAAGAAAACAACGCCCUCGUGGGAAUCCUAAAGAGGAAAUGGAAUCAGCUAAACAAGAUCUUAAAAUGGCCAGUGAUCUUCAGCGUGAAGUAAACCACAGGCGUCUGGAGUUAGAGUACAGAUUCCGUGCAUUUACUGGUGAUACUUCACCAAUACCUCGAUAGAACCACAGGCGUCUGGAGUUAGAGUACAGAUUCCGUGCGUUUACUGGGGAUACUUCACCAAUACCUCGAUAGAACCACAGGCGUCUGGAGUUAGAGUACAGAUUCCGUGCAUUUACUUGGGAUACUUCACCAAUACCUCGAUAGAACCACAGGCGUCUGGAGUUAGAGUACAGAUUCCGUGCAUUUACUGGGGAUACUUCACCAAUACCUCGAUAGAACCACAGGCGUCUGGAGUUAGAGUACAGAUUCCGUGCAUUUACUGGGGAUACUUCACCAAUAUUUCGAUAGAACCACAUGCGUCUGGAGUUAGAGUACAGAUUCCGUGCAUUUACUGGGGAUACUUCACCAAUACCUCGAUAGAACCACAGGCGUCUGGAGUAAGAGUACAGAUUCCGUGCAUUUACUGGGGAUACUUCACCAAUACCUCGAUAGAACCACAGGCGUCUGGAGUUAGAGUACAGAUUCCGUGCAUUUACUGGGGAUACUUCACCAAUACCUCGACACAAUUCAUCCGCACUCGUACCACUAACUGUAUGCGGAGGCCGUCGGGCCGACAGCCUUGUCGGGUCUGUAACUUCCGGGUUUAAUGUGUUUCUUGAAAAAGAAAUCCACUAGUGGAACAAAAUGGGGGGGCUCUAGGAUAUGCUAGUAUGCAGCUCAUGAAUAUGUAUAUCUUUCGUCAGACCUAUCAGACAAGUAGGAUGUGAAGCAAAUGAGUUAUUCAUUUUGACGUCCAAUCACGCACUUCCCUUAUCACGACCUUUGGACCCUAUCAUGCUCGCUGAGCGUCCGUGGUGGUGGUGUGUGAUGUAAACAUGUCUCGUACCUUUCGCGGGCAUUAUGGUAAUGAGUUGACCGUGGGAACACUUAGCUUAUUAUAAUAAUGAGGUCAGUUGCUUCAACACAGACCCUACAAGGCCGUCGGCCUGACGGCCGACGCAUGCGGAUAGUGUACGGGGGCAUCGUGUCGU